AUGUCUUCGCAGCCUCCUGGGACUUUCCUACCAAAUACGAAGGUGACAGUUGGCAGUCACAAAGUCUACAUCGAGAAAUACCUUUCUGAGGGGGGAUUUGCGCAUGUAUACGUGGUUCGUAUCCCACGAGAGAACAAUAAGCAUGAGCUUGCCGUGCUCAAGCGGGUCGCGGUGCCCGAUAGAGAGCAUUUGGCGAGCAUGAGAACAGAGGUCGAGACCAUGAAGAAACUCAAGGGCCAUGCCAAGAUCGUCACAUACUAUGACAGCCAUGCAAGUCAGCUCAAGGGUGGAGGCUAUGAGGUUUUCCUGCUCAUGGAGUACUGCAAUGGAGGCGGUCUGAUCGAUUUCAUGAACACUCGCUUGCAGCACCGAUUGACCGAGCCGGAGAUCCUCAAGAUAUUUGGCGAUUGUGCAGAAGGCGUGGCUACGAUGCACUACCUGAAGCCUCCCUUGUUGCACAGGGACUUGAAAGUCGAGAACGUCUUGAUUUCAAAAUCAACCAAUGGAUCUCCAGUAUACAAGAUCUGCGAUUUCGGCAGCGCCGCACAACCACGACCUGCGGCAAAGACAGCAGAGGAAGGAAGGCUGAUCGAAGAAGAUGUGCAGAAGCAUACUACAAUGCAAUACCGCAGUCCUGAAAUGAUCGACGUUUGGAGAAAGCAGCCGAUCAAUGAGAAGGCGGAUAUCUGGGCCCUUGGCGUGCUCCUCUACAAAUUAUGCUACUACACCACUCCUUUUGAAGCGGUCGGGCAGAUGGCUAUCUUGAAUGCUUCGUUCAAGUACCCUUCCUACCCUCCAUUUUCUGAUCGACUCAAGAAGCUGAUAGGCUGGAUGCUCAAGGAAGACCCGGGAAAUAGGCCAAAUAUCUAUCAAGUCAUCAAAGAGGUGUGCAGUAUGCGUGGAUCCGAGAUUCCGAUCAAGGACAUCUACGCCAAUCGAACUCAUUCAGAAGCCCGGAGAAAUGAGGCGCUACCAUCACCAGACGCAGUGUCCACUGCUCCAGUAGGUCUUCAGAAGACUGCUCCCCAAGUCCAGGUCCAGCAGAUCCCGGAAAUAACUCCCAUGCGACGAGGCAGAUUACCAGCACCAACCCAACAGGCCGCUGCUCCCGCAAAACCAGCUUCGUCUCCAGCGAGGGAUGACCCAUUUGCAGCACUGGAUCAUAAGAACUACGAUGUUCGGGCUGGCGCAGUAGAUGAGCUAUCAAAACGCUUCCCAUCCGUGGAUGAAUUCUCUAUUGCAGUUGAUGGCGGAAAGUUCGCUUUCCCGCCGACUUCACCUCCAGUUACCUCGACCAAGACUGAUGAUCCGAAGAGUUUAAAUCAACGAGUGACCAAUGCGUUGGCCGAUGAGGUAUUUUCACCAAAGCUUUCAGGAUCGCCAGUGCCUGCUUCAAGCUCGAAGGCUUCACGCGUUCCCACGGAAUUCGCAUCUGGACGAGUUGCACAAAAGGUCGAGACCGCACAAGCUUCUCCAGGAAAGAGCGAAUUUGCUGGCACCUCGUCAGGGAAGGAGCAUUCUUCGCGGCCGGUCGCACAACAAGUGCAACAAUUCAAUCAGAUCGAGCAGCCAUUACCCAUCCGCCCAGGAUUCAACUACAAGACUACCGCAGUUGGAUCAUCGCCACCUCCAGGUGCUACAAAGAAGCUACCCAAUGUCAAUGAUAGACCGAUCUGGCGAGUACCGGAGUCCAGUCGCCCAUCGAGCCAGUCUCGCGCUUCAGAAGAGGCACAAGCCGUGGAAUCAUCCCUCAAGCCAAGCUUGCCGCCCACACAAAGACCUGGUCUCCUGGAUGUGCAUCGCCCUAAAUCACAGAUUGGUACUCUGGCUGUCGAUCAUUCUUCGAGCUCUUCUCGUCCGUCCCUUGAAGGAGGGCGUCCAUCUGCGCAUGAGCUUGCGGAUGCUGGGAUUCACAGGGCCAAAUCACUCAACGCUCGUUCCAGGCCGACAAGCAUGUAUGUAAGCUCAAACAUGGACUAUCUCCGAGACCAAGAGCAGCAACGCAAACGCCCUUCCUUGGAGAUAAGGAGGCACAGCCGACACGCCUCGCAAGGCAGGGACCCUAUAUCAGACGAGGCAGCCAUUGAGGACGAUAUGGAAUUUCUGCGAGACGGUGAAGUAAGUUCAGACCAUAGGAAGAUGCUCAAAGGCUCGCAUCAUAGGAAAAGACCAAGCCUUGGCGAGAUCGGAAAGAAAUUUGGCAAUGCAUUCAAGCGAUUUGACAACAAUGAUAGCAAGCGUACACAACAAGGAUUUGCCACUCCGGAGACACAUAACACCGGCGACGGGCCGCAGAUGCUUUCUCCUAUCACAGGUUCCGAGGCGACGCCCAGCAGGCAUUCGGACAUGAAUUCUGAUAUUGAUGAGACGGAAGACCUACCACCUGAUGUGAAGCGUGAACUCGAGCGGCAAAGUUUGGCCGCUGAGGAGAAGAGGGUGACUGCCGCGGCCGAGGAAUAUCGUGCGAGAGUCGCGAAUCAAGGGCCGGGUAAUGCCAUACCUUCUCGAGCGAGUACAAUACAGAAGCGUGUGCAGUCACUCCUUGAUGAAGGAAGGCAAUCACCACAGCCACGGAGAACUGCUGAAGGCUACGGUCGCUACACAGAGUCAUCUGACCCAAUAACGACGCCUCCUCCGCCUGCAGCCUCUUCCACAGAAUCGGCACCUCUGCAGCGAGUUGUGUCAAGACCUAGUGCUCCGCCUAAGCCAACAGUGUUGAGAACUGGUGGGGUUUCUGAUUCCCGAGCACCAACCAAGCCAACACAGGAUCCGGUCAAGGCGGUGCAACCUGAGCAAACAGAUGUAGAGAGCUUCUCGAAAAGGUAUCCCAGCCUAAAUAUCGAGAUGGUCGAGACUGAGAUUGGUAGCGAGAGAAGGACGAUGCGGGUUAAGGAGAUAUAGGCCGCUAUAUGUAUUGAUCAUGAGGAUAUGAACCUGAUGGUUCGUCCGCCUUGGAACGGAGGAUCACAGUCCACUGUU